UUUACAGUUGCUCUGAUAUGUGUGACCAGUGCAGUGGGGGUGAUCCAUGUGACUGGAUAUCUGGGGAGAGAGGUUAACGUUUCCUGCUCUUAUGAUGAGGGUUAUGAAUCAUAUGAAAAGUAUCUGUGUAAGAACGACUGUGGUGACAGUGAUGUUCUUAUUACAACAUCAAACUCCGUGAAAAACAAAUACACAAUCCAUGAUGACAAAACGGCACGAAUCUUCACAACAACCAUCUCUGAUCUUCAUUCCACGGAUACUGGGAAAUACUGGUGUGGAGUGACCAGAACUGGAAAAGAUAUCUACACUGAAGUCAAGCUUAAAUUAGUACAAGACCACUGCUGUGAUACUGUGACCAAUAUUGAAAGUUAUGAGGGAUACUCUGAGUCCAUAAAUUGUCCUUAUGAGAAUCAGUACCAGAGCAGCCUGAAGUACGUCUGCAGAGGAAACCGGCCCUCCACGUGUCUGCAGCGGGCGCUAAUCACCUCUAACAACAAACAAAGUGGACGAUUCAGUCUUAAUGAUAUAAAAAUGUCAAGCAUAUUCACAGUGACAAUUAGCAGCUUGACCCAAAGUGAUUCAGGGCAUUACCUUUGUGGUGUUCAAACAAACUCUGACCAUGAUGUUUUCUCUGCUGUUGAGCUAAGAGUCAAAGAGUGGUGCUGUGUCACGUCAACUGAAAUAACAGGUACUGUGGGACAGCCACUAACUCUGCAGUGCCCUUAUCCUUCACAACAUCGGGAUAACAGGAAGUUCCUCUGUAAGGGAGACCACCGCAACAGCUGCAGAGACAUGGUGAUGAGUGAAAGCAGAUUCGCACUACAAGGCGAUAUUUAUUCCAGCUCUUUCUCAGUGACGAUCACAAAGCUAGAAGAAGAAGAUGCUGGGACAUACUGGUGUGGGUCAGACUCACAGUGGAGAGUUGGAAACUAUGUUAAGAUUCAGCUGACAGUCGAUUCAGCACUUUAUGUUCUUUUUGCCGUUCCCCCUGUUCUGCUGCUAUUGAUAGGCAUCCUUGUGGUUGUAGUUUACAAGUGGAAACACAAAGUAAAAGAAGAUGAAACCACAGUGGACAGAAAUACACCCAAGGGAGAAGGUUUAGAGGAAGUGAUGGGUGCAAUGGAAAAUAAUAUUUAUGGAAACCAAGAAGUUGUGAUGUACUUGAAGAAGCAGACCUCCAAACAACAGAGUGCCUGUGCCCAAUAUGAAGAUGAAGAACAAGACUAUGAAAACUUCACAAUAUUUGAAGACAUCUACUGUAAUGAAAAUUUCCAUCAAGCCAAUAGAAAAUAAACAGUCUAAGGAGUUUGGAAAGAA